CGGGCAAAUCACAAUUGAUUCGUGCUCUUACAAAAUAUUUUCUCAUUACUAAAAGAAUGCAAAUGAUGCGAAAACUUGCACCUACCGGAAUUGCAGCAGCUGAAAUUGAUGGCAUGACAAUUCAUUCAUUCUUAGGUGAGCAACGUAAUUCAGGAAAGCCACGUACCAUUAAACCAGGUGAUUCUAAACUUGAAAAAGAAUGGCGACCUAUUGAAUAUCUCUUAAUUGAUGAGAUGAGUAUGGUCGGCUUAACUUUAUUAGGAAAACUCAAUAGAAUUAUUUGUUCUGCAAAACAUGUCGAUCCUCAAGUUCCAUUUGGGGGUGUGAAUGUAAUCUUCUUUGGUGACUACUUACAAUAUCGACCAGUCUAUGAUUCACCAUUGCAUACUGAUUUUUCAUUACCAUCAAAAAAGAGACAAGGAAAACUACUAUCUGAAAAAGAAAUUCAGCAACGUGUUGCACGUUCUUUAAUUCUUCAAAUGAAUUGUGUGGUGAAACUUACACAACAGAUGCGAACAGAGGAUUUACGAUAUCUUCAACUACUCGAUCGACUUCGUCGUGGACAAUGCAAUUAUGACGAUUAUGAAUUAUUACAAACACGAGUUGUUGGACAACCAUCAAUAGAAUCUCUACAUGAUUCACCAUGGAACAAAGCUCCUAUUCUCGUGUUUCGAAAUGAAAUUCGCACACAAAUAAAUAACAAGGCAGCAAUUCACAAUGCAACACAAAUGGGUCAUCCACCGAUGGUAUGUGUUGCUCAAGAUACUUGUAAAGGCAAAGCAAUCGAAGAUGCAAUAUUGCUUAAAAAAUUGUUAGAACUGUCUGACAGCAAGACAGAGCAUUUACCUGGUCUAUUACCUUUCGUACCAGGCAUGCCUGUUAUUUUAACACAAAAUAUUGCUACUGAAUUAGGUCUUAUAAAUGGUAUUAAUGGAAUUUUUCGACAACUAGUAUAUCACGAAGAAUCGAUAUCAGCAGAAAAUUUAUCGGAAAUGUUCCCAAAUAAUACACAAUACAUUCGUCGACCAAUAUAUGCUUUAAUUGAGAUUGUUAAAUCGAAGAUUGAAUGCAAACUUCAAGAUCUUCAACCAAAACUUAUACCAAUUCCGUUAGUAGAACAAACAUUUCGUGUCGACGUUGCUGAUAUUCUUCCAAAACAUAAAAAACCAAAAUCAAAUCAAAAGACAAUUUUAUCAAUUAAACGA